CGCUCGCACCCACCCUUCAUCGUACCACGACACAAACACGCCCAGCUGCCGGCCCAGCUUCCCCGCCCCGCAUCUAAUACUUACUUGUUCAGCAUCGCCCACUUUAUUCACCUCCUCUACGUCCGUCCGUCCACGACUCACAAACGACUGUUUUAAUUUCCAAAACUAAAACAAAAUAUGGCUUCUAAAGGCUGGUUCAACCUUGAGACCGCGGGUUCAGGGAUUCCGGAGACACAGUUCUUUGAAGGAGAUUCGGCGUUUUCUUUCCUUGGGCUUACGCGUACGCAGCGCUUGUAUGGGUUUAUUGGAUCUUAUGCGGUGGGACUGUUGUUGAGUAUACUGGGUACGAUAUUCCUGUUCAUUGGCGCCUUAACGACGUUCGCUCUCCUAUAUGCACUGGGCACCGUCGUCUCACUUGUUGGUACUGGGUUCCUCAUCGGGUUCUUCAAGCAAAUCAAGAUGAUGUUCAAGCCUAUUCGAGUGAUAGCUACCAUCGUAUUCCUAGUCUCGAUAGGUCUCAUAUUCGUGGGCGCUUUUGUCUUGGACAGCGGGGUCCUAUGUAUCAUCUUCGUGAUCAUAGAAUACCUCGCCUUCCUGUGGUACACCCUGUCAUACAUCCCGUACGCACGGUCGGCCGUGCUCAAGGUGUUCGGAAUGAGCGGUUGAACGCACCAUCCACCCUCACCUCCGCCUCCUACAUGGCCCAUCAUGUCAUGUCGAUCGCGCAUCUGCGUGUUCGAGUCUUCCGUCUGGUUUCCUUCAAUCUUCACUAUUGGAUCUGUUGUGUGUGGACUGAGUAUCACCGUUUUACUAUGCCUUUUAAUAUUGGGUCUUGUCGGAUAU